CGUGAUCUUGGCAACCAUGGGGGCAACAAUGGCUGAUAACGGACCACCAAAAGAACAUCUUCCUGUCAAUCAUUGUCGCACGCUAUCUUGUAGUUUUGAGGUGGGAGAUUCGUCUGAUUCUUCAAUUUACGACUCUUUUUGCAUGAUCAGAAUGACGGUUGAGAACCACUACAUAUCGACCGAAGAACUGACUACUUAUCAAAAGGAUAAAAUUGCUGAACUACGAGAAAAAGCCUCGGAACAUUUGGCUAAGUAUCCUGAUUAUGACACGGACUUCUCCUUGCUCAGAUGGUUAAUGGGAUGGGACUACGACAUAGAAGUCAUUUUGCCGAAAUUACGCGAGUCAAUCGACGUGCUCACAUCACUGGGUUUACAUGAGAUUUCCGUGCAAGAUAUUUACGAGCUGAAUGCAAAAAUUCGUUCAAUGUCAAAUGUGUGCAAUUAUUUUCCCGGUGGACUAAUGUGUCAAGAUGACGAAGGAAAUGUGGUGUAUAUGCAGCCAUUGGCUCGUUCACAUCCGAAAUCGUUGAUACGUUCCGGAUGCGUUAGUGACCUCUUGAGAAUAAGCGUAGUAGAAGCCGAACUUGCUUUCAAACUUGUGAGAAAGGCCGAAUCCGCUACAGGACGAAAACUUGGAGCAAAAAUUAUUAUUGAUCUGGACGAAUUCUCUAUGGACGUGAUCUAUCCUCCAGCACUCGGUGCCUACCUCAACUUGCUUACACUUUUGCAGACUCUCUUUCCCGACUUCGGCCGGCGCAUCUACUUGAUCAACUGCCCCGUAAUGAUCAGGACCGUUUACGGCAUGGUCCAACCUGUACUUUCGAGGCAAACUAGAGAAAAAGUGGUUUUCCUGGGAAGUGACUGGAAAGAAGUUCUAAUAAAAGAUCUAGGAUCCCAUAAUAUUUACUCGCAUUGGGGUGGAACCAAGGUUUCCGAUUCUCCCACAGGAGAUAUUCGGAUGGGUGGAAAAGUGCCAGAAAAACUUCAAUACAGAGCAGAUGAUAAUCCUGAUGACAAUAAGAAACAGUUCAAGAAGAUCACCAUAUCUGCAAGAUCAAAAACAGAGGUGAAAGUUAGAGGUGAAAAGGGAAGGACGCUACGGUGGAUAUGGCGAGUUAGCAAUGGAGAUGUAAAUUUCGGUGUUCAAAAAGAUGGAGAACUGGCGUAUCCGACUUUCCGCAUUAGUACAGAUUUCCAUCCUGAAAUAGGUCGAUUGGAAUGCAAAACUACGGGCGAUUACACAUUCACUUUUGACAACUCCUAUGGAAAGGUGUGGAGCAAAGAGGUGUCGUAUAAGAUCUGGCUGGAGUAGCCAUGUCUCCGAUAUUGUGGCCUUCUGUCAUUACAGUUCUCAAAACGAUUGGGCUGACAAAUGUGAUCCAUCUGCAAAUGUACAUGAAAUUUCUAGUCUGUUCGUGCAAGCUACACCAAUGCAAAAAUGACAACCUGCA